AUGUGUCAAGACUGGAAGCGGGACAGAAAAAUCACGCAGACACCUAAAGUGAGCAGUGUUGAAACUCAUGGCAUAUUCAGCAUCACCUUCCACUGGAACCCAAAGGUCUGGAGGAGCUUCAAGCUCCCAGUGGGUUCAUCUGAGGUUAACCCAACCUGGAGCCUGGAGUCUCCUCAAAUGUCCAUUGAUGAAAAUUCCCAGGCAAUUCCAGUUGCCUCUCAAACUAUGUCUGAAGUGUUAAUAAAGAACCUCAGUAACUUGACGCUCAACCCUAGUAUCAAAUUGCCCUUCAUUCUACCAGAAUGUCUACCUCAACCGACUGGGCGGUUACUUGGUGAAAACAUACCCUGUAGGAGAGGGGUGACGACCAUGUUAACUGAUCAGAGAGAUAAGAUGGAGCGGCUGAUUCAAUCUAUUAAAAAGCGCUACUGCAAAGGAGUUUCUCGGUCUGACUCUCAAAGAGAACCACUGCAGAACGACGUUGAGACUCCCUCAAGAGUGCAAAGAUUUAGAUGCAGCUGUCAUUUUUGCCGGUCUCAUAGAGAUCCUUCUGAGGAUAAUUAUGAGAAUUAUUACACCAAUAAGUAUUACAGUAAUUAUGACACGGAGUCGGAUGAGCCAUAA